UCCUGAAAUCGAACAGUCUGACUGAAUAACUGAAAAGACUUUCAACAUAACAAGUAUAUAUAAAGCUGCAUCCUGACGAGAGAACAAAGUCAUAUUCCAACAGAAUGAAGAUCUCUGUGAGUUUUACCUUUUUGCUGCUGGUCAGCGCUGUCCCUACAAGUGACAGUGUUGAUUCAGCUCCAGACAUCUACGCUGAGCUGAGAGAGAUCACCGCCUCGUUGGCUCAACUGAAGGCAGACAUGACGCUGCAGACUCAAGGUCAAGCAGGGCUGAAGGCUGAAGUGGACACGCUGAAACAACAACUGAAAGUCCGACAGGUUGCAUUCUCAGCUGCUUUGCUGAGUGAAGGCCAAUCAGUAACUAUUGGACCCUAUCCCACCGACACUCCCCUGAUCUUCAAAAAUGUCCGCACCAACAUCGGAAAUGCCUACAACCCAACCACAGGUAUUUUCACUGCCCCGGUGAGAGGAGCUUACCACUUUGAGUGGUGGCUCGCUGUAAAUGUCGACAUCGCCCGUGCUGCAGGUGCUGUGUUGUUCAAGAACUCAGAGAAGAUUUUCAUGUCAUGGGGGCAACACGGUGUUUCUAAUGGUGCCACACUGUUGCUGGAGGUGGGAGACAAUGUGUUUAUGCGUCUGGUGGGUAACACUGUCGUGAUAGACAACAAUGAUCACGGCACCACCUUCAGUGGGUUUAUGCUGUUCCCCAUGUAAGACAGAAACAGCAGCUCUGUGAUAGUCACACAGGUUGUUGUUGUCUGAAACAAGUCUUCUUCUGUAUCUUGUUUCUGUCAUUUUAAUCAAAUAAACAUAUAUCAUUAC